CCUCAGACGCGUUGCGACAGACGACUCGACUUUCUUCUCCAACUUGCAACGCCUCGUCGGCGCCGCCAGCUUGUCAUCGCGAGCCGGUUUAUAGUUGACACCAUUCUACUUCCGCCAAUUCUGCUCCGCGCGAGGAGCCGCAUCCGCAAAGAUGUAUAUCAAGCAGAUCAUCAUCCAAGGCUUCAAGAGGUAGGCUUUCAUCGUGGGCAAUGCAGUGCCAUGCGUGAAUCACAUCUAACGCGUCACUAGCUACAAGGAACAAACCGUCAUUGAGCCGUUUUCCCCAAAGACAAACGUGAUCGUUGGACGCAAUGGUUCCGGAAAGAGCAACUUUUUCGCCGCCAUUCGAUUCGUCCUUAGCGAUGCAUACACGCAGAUGGGUCGCGAGGAGCGCCAGGCUCUCUUGCACGAAGGAUCUGGGUCUGCCGUCAUGUCUGCCUAUGUAGAAAUUAUAUUCGACAAUAGCGACGACCGAUUCCAUACGGGGAAGGAUGAGCUGAUUCUGCGCCGAACCAUUGGACUCAAGAAGGACGAAUACUCGCUCGAUCGUAAGAACGCGACCAAGACAGAUGUCAUGAAUCUUCUCGAGUCUGCUGGCUUCUCGCGCUCAAAUCCGUACUAUAUCGUGCCCCAAGGUCGUGUCACGGCGUUGACCAACAUGAAGGACAGCGAGCGCCUGAACCUUCUCAAAGAGGUUGCAGGAACCCAGGUAUAUGAAGCACGCCGGACGGAAUCACUGAAGAUUAUGGGAGAUACCAACAAUAAGCGCGCAAAAAUUGACGAGCUGCUAGACUACAUCAAGGAACGACUGACAGAAUUGGAGGAAGAAAAGGAAGAACUUCGUGGGUACCAGGAGAAAGACAAGGAACGACGAUGUCUUGAAUACGCCUUUUACCACCGGGAACAAGUAGCCCUUGCUGCUGCACUUGAUGAAAUCGAGACCUUUCGUGAAAAUGGAAUGGAAGGGACUGAUGAUCAGCGCGAGGAAUUUAGUGCAAGAGAACAGGAACUCGCUCAACUGGACCAGAAAAUCAAGGAGGCGAGACAGCAGAUAGACUUGUUCAAACUUGAGCGACGCCAACUGGAAGAAGACAGACGAGAAGCGACAAAAUCCCAAGCGAAACUUGAGUUGGACCAGAAAACAUUUGAGUCUAGUGAGGCCUUGAAUGAGGAAAUACGAAAAAAACACCAAGCCGAAUUCGCAGCUGUGAAGGAAGAGAUCAAAUUAAAGGAAGCAGAACUGGCCCAGAUUCUACCCGAGUACACCAAGCGCAAGGAAAGCGAGUCACGCGUGAGGCAGGAACUAGACCUUGCUGAGGGCAUUCAGAAUCGCUUAUUCAACAAACAAGGAAGAAGCGCGCAAUUUAAAAACAAGGCAGAAAGAGACAAGUGGCUUCGAAGCGAAAUUGAGCAACUCAACACGGCACUUGGAGAACAAAAAGCGAAUCGCAUUAAUGCUCAAGAGGAGGCCAACGCUACACAAUCACAGAUUCAAAACCUCGAGGGUGAGAUUGACGGACUUCGAGAGCGAUUGGACGGUUGGGGUGGUAGCAGACAAGCUCUGGCUCAGGAAGUGAGCACGGCAAAAGACGCCUUGGAGAAAUUGACGGACGAGCGAAAGGUUCUCCGUCGUGAAGAUGACAAAUUAGAGUCAUUGAUUAUGGAUGCGCGAAAAGAGAAAGAGAAGGCCGAAAGUGUACUUUCCCAUACCAUGGACGGUAUGACAUCUCGAGGUCUGGCUAGUGUCAGGCGUCUCAAACAAGAGCUUGGCCUAGAUGGUGCAUAUGGAACUUUGGCCGAACUCAUAGAGGUCGAAGAAACCUACCGGACUGCAGUAGAGCAGACUGCUGGGAACAGUCUUUUCCAUUACAUUGUCGAUAACGAAAGAACUGCAUCCACACUGAUUGAUGCUCUGGACAGGCAGAGAGGUGGAAGAGUUACGUUUGUGCCUCUCAGUCAACUUCGACCUAAAUCCGUCAAACUCCCAAAAGCGAACGAUGCCAUCCCGGUUCUGGGCAAGAUCACUUACGAUCCCAAGUUUGAGAGAGCAAUGAGUCACGUGUUUGGUAAAACGAUUGUUUGUCCUAAUUUGAUCAUCGCUGCAGGAUAUGCGCGAAGCCACAACUGCAAUGCAAUCACUCCAGAUGGCGAUACUGCAACCAAAAAGGGUGCUCUGACCGGUGGUUGGAUCGACACACGAAAAUCACGCCUUGAAGCUGUCCGGGCUGUCAACAAAUGUCGUGAUGAGUACGAGGCUCGAAGAGCUCGGGCGAUUGAGAUCCGUGGAGAGGUGGAGAGCAAAGAUCAAGAGAUAACUGCUGCUAUGGGAGAACUUCAAAAAUUGGAACAGAAGCUACGGCACCUCGACGAUAGUUUCGAGCCUCUUAAAUUGGAGUUGCGUUCGAAGAGUGGACAUCUCGAGCGGCUGAGAGCUCAAUAUGAAGGUCAUGCCCGCCGAAGAGACACUGUCGAAAAGCUAGUAAAGGAGCAUAGUGAUGAUAUCACAGCAUUAGAGGCAGAACUUGCUUUGCCAUUCAAGACCGCUUUGACCGCCGAAGAGCAACGCCAGCUAGAUCAACUCACGACCACUGUUUCGCAAACUAAGAAGGAGUGGAACGAAUUGAGCAAGAAACGACGAGAGUUGGAAACUCGCAAACAAAUUCUCGAACUUGACUUGAGAGAGAAUCUUAGAAUGAAACUCGACCAGUUGAACAGCAUGGAAAUCGACGCCAAUGCAAGUGGCAGCUCAGGAAAUUUAAAGGAGACAAAUCGCGAGUUGAAGCGCGUUCGUAAAGCUGUCCAAGAUAUUACGAACAAAUUGCAGCAAAACGAGGAAGCCGUCACAAAAGCCGAGGCUCAAGUCUCGAAGCUCAGCCGUAGCAAAUCAGAGCUAGAAACUCAGCAACUCGAGACUGCCAGGUUAAUCGAAAAACAUCAAAAGAAGAUGGAGAAAAGUGUUGCAAAAAAGGCACUCCUCACCACUUCAGCUGCGGAAUGUGCGAAGAAUAUUCGUGACUUGGGUGUGCUUCCUGAUGAAGCUUUUGAAAAAUUCUCAAAUGCCGACUCCAAGCAGAUCACCUCGAGACUCAAGAAAGUCAACGAAGCAUUGAAAAAAUACAAGCAUGUCAAUAAGAAAGCCUUUGAGCAGUAUAAUAACUUCACCUCUCAACGAGAUAGUUUGACCAAAAGAAGAAAGGAGCUUGAUGAUUCUCAAAGAUCUAUUCAAGAUCUAGUUGAGGUUUUGGACAUGCGAAAGGACGAAUCUAUUGAGCGUACAUUCAAGCAAGUUUCCAAAGAGUUUGCCUCCAUAUUCAAGAAAUUGGUACCCCAGGGUGUCGGUCGACUGGUGAUCCAGCGGAAGCAAGAUAGACGACCACGCGAUGAAGAAUCUGAGGAUGAACAGAGGCAAAAUGUCGAAAAUUAUACUGGUGUUGGCAUUAGUGUUUCAUUCAACAGUACAGAUGACGAACAACAACGCAUUCAACAAUUGAGUGGAGGACAAAAGAGUACGCUGAUUCCUUUUUGAUCAACUCUAAAUCAAUCACUAACUAAUAUUAGGUCUAUGCGCCCUUGCCUUGGUAUUCGCAAUUCAACAAUGCGAUCCUGCCCCGUUUUACCUCUUUGAUGAGAUUGAUGCCAAUCUGGACGCUCAAUAUCGUACAGCUGUUGCCGAAAUGCUGAGAAAUAUCGCGCAGCAACAGAGUACUCAAGAUGAAAACGAUGAUGGCUCCGCUGGCGGCAUGAGUGGUCAAUUCAUCUGCACCACUUUCCGACCUGAGAUGGUACUUGUUGCUGAUAAGUGUUACGGUGUUACCUUCCAUAACAAAACAAGUCAAGUUGCUACUACCACCCGGGACGAGGCGUUGGAGUUUGUUGAGGGUGAGGCGCCUAAAUAGAGACAUAGCAUGGGCCUUGCAAUGAGCAAGGAUGUAUAGGAUUAUGAUUCGUUGUGAUUUGGCGUUGGGACAUACCUGGGUGGCCGUGUGCUAUAGGCUGUGAUAGGUGUGCACAUAGGUUAAUGGCUACGACUUGUACGACUCCUCUGAUAUGGCAUCUAGCAAUGAAAUUUUAUGAAGGACCCUUCUGAGUAGUUUACCUCCAUGGGA